ACAUAGAUGUCCAUCAGAUUUCGGACAUGCGCUAAACAAGACAACGAUUCUAUUUAAAAUAUAAAAGUAUCUCUCUCUUUCUCUCUCUCUUUCCGCUUCUCUCUCUCUCUCCGUGGAACGAUGGCAGCUUCGGUUGAUCCUUUGGUGGUAGGAAGAGUGAUCGGAGAUGUAUUGGACAUGUUUAUCCCCACCGCAAAUAUGUCUGUCUACUUUGGCCCCAAACACAUCACUAACGGCUGCGAGAUCAAACCCUCCGCUGCAGUCAACCCUCCUAAAGUCAACAUCUCCGGCCACGCCGAUGAGCUUUACACUCUCGUGAUGACUGACCCGGACGCACCUAGCCCGAGCGAGCCGAAUAUGAGAGAAUGGGUCCAUUGGAUUGUCGUGGAUAUCCCCGGAGGCACCAUCCCCUCAAGAGGAAAGGAGAUACUGCCAUAUAUGGAACCGAGACCACCGGUGGGAAUUCACCGUUACAUAUUGGUACUCUUCCGGCAAAACUCACCGGUGGGUCUGAUGGUGCAGCAGCCUCCCUCGCGAGCCAAUUUCAGCACCCGAAUGUUCGCUGGUCAUCUCAAUCUUGGUUUACCUGUGGCAACAGUUUACUUCAACGCCCAAAAAGAGCCAGCUUCACGCAGACGUUGAUGAUUCCAAGAAGACAAAAAUAAACAAAAAUGUGGGUUUUAUAUGUCAAACCAUAUAUUGUAUUAGUCCAGUUAUCGCUAUAUGCCUAUACUAUAUAUAUGUAUAGUUGCAUAUAUACAAGGGUAUACAAAUAUGUUUGUGUUUUUGUGUUAAAUGUUGUUGUUUGAGUAUGAUAUAUGACCCAUUUCGUUUCUGUGA